AUGUCCCAAAUCUCCUACAAAGAAAAAUGGAAAGCUCUCGGCCCACCCCAGCUCGCCUCUACUCCCUCUACUCCACAGCAGCCUAUAAAAUGGACCCUCGCAUCUAGCUCCCGGCGCGGAAACUGGGACCGCUACGACUUCCAACUCCACCCCCCCUUCGACUCCUUCUUCGCCACAGUCUGGAAUAACUACAAAACCGCCGGCAUCGACGUGAUGACGGAGCCGGGGGCGCAGCGCCCGGUUCGGUGGGGCUAUGUCCCGAAUUACAACGUGCAGGUGAUACAGGCGAAGCUUGACCACCGGGGCAAGCUCUUUGACAGGCAGCUCUAUCAGGUUUUCCAGGAGACGACGCGGCAAGGGCAAUCGCCGUAUGCUCCUUCGAGUGCGCCGUGGGUUGUUGGACCCGGGGGAAAGGUUGGGGCGGUGGGGAGUGGUGAGAGGGAAGCCUCGGAGACGCCUGUGAGGAGCAGGGGUUAUGGCACUCCUGACAGUGCGCUUUCCUGAGACAUCUUUGAUGGGAAGGUAUUAGGACACUUCGCCUGGAGAAUGAUACAACCUAGGGAUAGGAUGGCAUAAAAGGGUGCUCGCAGAGAUAAAGAAGACAAAUGUGGGGUGGAGAGAGCGUUGGAUGUUCUCGGUAGGAUCAGGCCUUUAUAGCCCUCACUAGAGACGCGAUAAGAUCCUAUGGAUGGCGGACGAGUGUGGGGGACGUCGACAGGUAUGAGGAAGAGGCUCCCUCAGACGAGCGUGGAUGCCUAGGUACAUUAUGGAAGGCCUAUCUCGGCGAGUAAUCCUAGA